AAAAAUCUCAACCUUAAAAAUGGUCCCAAUGACGUCAUUUUUAGUGUCACAACACAAUAUCAAGGAACAUGUCGCUGUGAAGGCACCAUUUAUUUAUGGAACUGGGAUGACAAAGUCAUUAUUUCUGACAUUGAUGGCACCAUCACAAGAUCAGAUACUCUAGGUCAUAUUUUGCCUACCCUUGGCAAGGACUGGACGCAUCAAGGCAUUGCUAAAUUGUAUCACAAAGUGAGCCAAAAUGGAUACAAGUUCCUGUACUGUUCAGCCCGUGCUAUUGGGAUGGCAGAUAUGACUCGAGGUUACUUGCAUUGGGUGAAUGAGCGAGGAACGGUGUUACCACAAGGGCCUGUGCUAUUGAGUCCCAGCAGUUUGUUCUCAGCUUUUCACAGGGAAGUGAUAGAGAAGAAGCCAGAGAAAUUUAAAGUUCAGUGUUUAACAGACAUAAAACACUUAUUUCAUCCUAACACAGAACCUUUUUAUGCUGCCUUUGGCAACAGGGCUGCU